AUGGAGGCACGAUCCGUGACUCGAUGCCUCCGCUUGAGGCCGACAACCUCGCUAUACACCACACAACCCAUCGUCUUCCGCGGACAGAAUGCCCUCCGAUACUUCUCAACAUCCAAUUCCCUCUUACAAACUCGUCCCACUAGCCAGGACCAGCCAGCCUCUACGACCCCCGCGUCAACCCAGGAUCAAUCCAAAGUCCAAACCAGCAGCACAGCAUCCAACUCCAACUCCGCCGACUUCGAUCGGAUCCUCAACCAACUCAACUUCAACAACAGCAACCGCGAUGCCACGGAAGGCGGCCAGCCCUCCCAGCAGUCCUUCGACCCGCUUUCCCUCUCGCGCGCAGUCGGCAUGGCCCCCGAGACAGACAGCUACAAACAGCCGCUCCGCCGGGUGGAGCUGAAAUUGGGGCCUACGCUGGGUCGCCAGGUGCACGUGGAGCCGGAGAAGGGGGUGGAUCUGACGACGGCGCUGCGCGUGCUGCAGGGGAAUAUCACGACGAACAAGGUGCGGGCGCAGUGGCAUGCACAGAAGUUCCAUGUGCGGAGGGGCCAGAUGCGGAAGAACAUGAGGAUGGAGCGGUGGCGGAAGUUGUUCAAGUUCUCGUUUAAGGAGACUGUGAACAAGAUCCAGCGUAUGAGGGCGCAGGGCUGGUAA